AUGUCUUUCCAAGAAUCUUGCCUGGAUAUUCGUAUCGAAGUCCGUAACGGUUAUACUGUACUCCUCGCCGGAGCUGGAGUCGGUGGUGAUGAGUAUGUUCCCGCCGAAUUAAAUCUUGAUGAGGGAAUCGGCAAUAGCGAUGGUUACUUCAGUCGGGAAGACGUAAAUUUCACAGACAGCGCUGAAAACAUUGAGCUGUCAUUCCGGGACGAUGGGGUUUGGUUAGAGGCAGAUCUUCCAACUGCCGGUGGAGACGAGAGAGAGCGUCAGGGCAUCAACUUGUCCGAACAUAUCGAGAACCAGGGUGGCCAACUUGUCUUUAUUGUAAGUUGGAUAUAA